AUGGGGCAAGCAGGUGGGAAGGAGCAGAAGCGCCAACAGGAGAAAUGGGAACCUCCGGUGGCGACGGAUAUUGGAAAAAAGAAGAAGCGUCAUGGCCCUGAUGCGGCGGCAAAACUGCCGAAGAUAUACCCCUCCAGGGCCUGCCUCUUGAAGCAACUACGUCUUGAGCGGUGCAAAGACUACCUAUUGUUGGAGGAUGAACUACUCACAAUGAUUACGUCGCAGUGGGACGCACAGGAAAAUCUUGAGGAGGGUGCCAUGUCACAUUAUGAAGCAGAACUAAGCAAAGUAGAUGCUUUGCGUGGGAUGCCACUCGAGGUCGGCACCCUUGAGGAGGUUAUCGACGAUACGCAUGCCAUAGUUUCCACAGCCGGCUCGGAGUACUACGUUGCGAUGCUUUCGUUCGUUGAUAAGGAAAAGUUGGAACUUGGUUGCAGCGUGCUACUCCAUGACCGCUACCAUAAUGUUGUGGGACUUCUGGAGAGUAACACAGAUCCGCUCGUAAGUGUCAUGAAGGUUGAUAAGGCACCGCAGGAAACCUAUGCUGAUAUUGGCGGAUUAGAGGAUCAGAUUCAGGAGAUAAAAGAGGCGGUUGAGUUCCCUUUGUCACAUCCUGAAUUGUUUGAUGAAGUCGGCGUAAAGCCACCGAAAGGAGUUAUCCUCUACGGUGUCCCAGGCACUGGUAAGACUUUGCUCGCAAAAGCUGUGGCAAAUCAAACGAGUGCCACGUUCCUGCGUGUGGUGGGGUCUGAACUUAUUCAAAAAUACUCCGGUGAAGGACCCAAACUCGUCCGGGAAUUGUUUCGUGUGGCUGAGGAAAACAGUCCGUCCAUCGUUUUUAUCGAUGAAAUUGAUGCAAUCGGGACAAAAAGGUACGAUACAGACAGCGGUGGCGCCAAAGAAGUGCAGCGUACCAUGUUGGAGUUGCUCACUCAACUCGAUGGAUUUGAUAGCUGUAAUGAUGUGAAGGUCAUUAUGGCAACAAAUCGCAUCGAAACAUUGGAUCCGGCGCUCAUUCGUCCGGGCCGUAUCGACCGGAAGAUUGAGUUCCCGUUUCCCGAUGAGAAGACAAAGAAGAUGAUUUUUGAGAUUCACACGAGCCGCAUGUCCCUAGCAGAGGAUGUUGAUCUGUCGGAGUUCAUCCACGCAAAAGACGAGAUGAGCGGGGCUGAUAUCAAAGCCAUUUGUACCGAGGCUGGUCUCCUGGCCUUGCGCGACCGGCGCAUGAAAGUAUGUCAGUCCGAUUUCGUAAAGGGAAAAGAAAAUGUGCAAUACCGCAAGGAUAAGGGUCGCUUCUCCAAGUUUUACCUUUAG